AUGGCUGAUACUAGCAGUGCUUCUACUGCGCAAUACCAGAGAGUCGAUUCGCAACCUGAGAACCCUUAUGCCCAGUUGAUCGAGGAUCAAUCCAUUGCGAUCAUCCCGUCCUUCAAACUUGAAUCCGGUGUUACCCUUCAUAAUGUCCCGGUCGCAUACACCACUCGCGGAACACUCGCUCCUAAUGGCGCCAAUGUGCUGGUGAUCUGUCACGCUCUUAGUGGCAGUGCCGAUGUCGCUGACUGGUGGGGUCCUCUUCUUGGUGGUCCUGGCCAAGCAUUCGAUGUCUCCCGGUUCUUCGUGAUCUGCCUUAACAGUCUGGGCAGCCCGUACGGGAGUGCAAGUGCUGUGACCUACAAGGAUGGUAAGCCUGAAAAUGGCUACUAUGGACCCGAGUUCCCCUUAACGACUGUCCGUGACGAUGUCAACAUCCACAAACUCGUGCUGGACGACCUCGGUGUUAAGCAGAUUGCUGCGGUGGUUGGAGGAUCCAUGGGUGGAAUGCUCACCUUGGAAUACGCAUUUUUCGGCAAAGACUAUGUGCGAGCUAUUGUGCCCAUUGCGACUUCGGCGCGUCAUUCCGCGUGGUGCAUUAGUUGGGGCGAGGCACAGCGACAGAGCAUCUACAGUGACCCGAAGUAUGACGAUGGCUACUAUGCGUUCAACGAUCCGCCAGCCACCGGCCUCGGUGCCGCUCGCAUGUCAGCACUCCUCACUUACCGUAGCCGCAAUUCAUUCGAGUCUCGGUUCGGUCGCAAUGUACCGGAUCCAACCAAGCCGCGGAACAUCAACGGCACCGAGAGGCUCCCCACUCCCCCGAACGAGCACUGGGCCAUCCACAACGACGGACACCGUGGCGGGACAACUUCACGUUCGGAGAGCAGACAAGGCUCACCGGCUCCUGCAAACAAGGCCGAUGUCCAGUUCAUGGACCCGCAAUUCUCUGGCACCAAAACAUUCGCCCCUGAGGUCGACGAAAAGCCCAAGCUGACUGCAUCCGGCCGUCCUCGUCCUCCGACCUACUUCUCUGCACAGUCAUACCUUCGUUACCAGGGUGACAAAUUCGUCAAGCGAUUCGAUGCCAACUGCUACAUCGCCAUGACCCGCAAGCUCGACACGCAUGACGUGUCCCGCCGGCGCGGCAAUUCCAGCGCCGACACUGAGGAUACUGUAGCUGAGGCGCUCGGACGCGUAGAGCAGCCAGCUCUUGUUAUCGGUAUCGAGUCGGAUGGUCUGUUCACCUUCGCGGAACAAGAAGAGGUUGCAGCUGGCAUCCCCAAUUCUCGCCUCCGUCGCAUCGAUAGCCCCGAGGGCCACGACGCGUUCCUGCUUCAAUUUGAGCAAGUCAACCGCCACAUCGUCGAAUUCUUCCACGAAGUCCUGCCCGAUAUCAUGGCCAAGUCAGGCGAUGGUGCCGCUGUGGCCAGUGUCACUAAGCUGACCAAGAGCAGCACCUUCGGCGAGGCCGAGGUGGAGGAUAUCACCGCUUGGUAA